CCACUCUAAGCAAACAUCCAACAUACGCAAACCUGCCACAGACUGACUGCCUUCACAGCUCUACUGAACUUGGCGCACACUGCAGCUCUCCUAUUCUAGGAGGAGGAGGAAGAAAGAAACCGUGCACAUCUCUGUGGGAGAGCUCCAACCGAGACCUGCCCUCAGUCUUAGAGUGGCGCUGAUAUACAAACACAUUCACACAGCCCAUUCACACACACAAACAGCACACACACACACACACACACACACAGCCACACGCGCAGGAGCAAACAGUAUCUCUCCCUUUCUCUCUGUCGAGCUCACCCACCCUUCCUCUACCUCGCUUCUACACACAUACACACACACACACACACCACUACAGUAUAUCAGCUCACGACUAGAGGAGAGACGGAGGGGAGAGCAGAAAUGAAUGUGAAGAUCCUGACGCUGGUGAUUGUGCUGCUGCUUUCUCUGCUGUGUUCAGCCCGUGCUGGUCCAGUGACCUCCACCGAGCAUAGCAAGGAGCUGGAGGAGGUGGGUAGCAUGAGGACUCCUGUGCGUCAGAACCCUGCCCGAGCUGGCCGGAACCAAAGACCCUCCGGCUGGAGGAGGAGGCGCCCUCGACCCCGUCUGUCCCACAAGGGGCCCAUGCCAUUUUAGAUCAAGGCACUGCUUCGAGCGCCCACCCCUUUGGUUCUGAUUUCAAUGCUCUUCCUUUGUCUUAGGGAGGGCCCUGUAACAAGGGGUCUUUCCAGCCCAGCCUGAAGAGUGAUGUCCAUAGCACCUGCUGGUUCUUCAAGAAACUCUUCUUCUGUCCACAAAAUACCAGGACAAGCCACUCACCCUCAGCUCUAUGAAGAAUUGUGGGCCAGGAAUGGGGUGGGGGGGAUAUAGAGCACGAGCUAUCAGAUUCUAUUUCUGUCUGUCCAUCUCUUUCUCUCUCUCUCUCUCUCUCUCUCUCUCUUUCUCUCUCUCUCUCUCUCUCUCUCCUCCAGUGUUUUUUCCUCAUUAGCUUUCUAAAGCCUUUUCAUUGCCACACUUUGCAUGACGUGUGAGCACUGAGAAGCCUGGUCCAAAACAAUCUUCAUGCAACAGUGUCAGUUUUUUCUUCGAGGUGUGCUACCCCAUUCUCUGCUGUGUAAAGAUGCCCUUUGUUCCAGUGCUGUGUUGUGGCAAAUUCUGGUGUGAACAAAUGUCAUAUGGGAGGGAAGUGACAGGGAUGUGAAGGUAAAGGCACUAUUGAAAACUUCAUCUCUUUUAUCCACUUCCAUCUUUUGACAAAGGUAACAAUGCUCCAAUUCAUUUUACCUUAUGUCUGAUAAAAGUAGCUACAACACGUUAUUUGAUUUUAUUUAGCUACCACUUCUGAUUAUAUAAUUACCUCUGAAUUGUGUUGCUUUGCAUUAAAAGACUAUCAUCAGGUGUCAAGUAAACAAACAAACAAAAAUCUAUGGUAUAUGGAUUGAUUGCAUUUCAUCAUUUUUGUACUUACACAACCAUUAUUAGGGAUUAUUGUUCUUAAAAGUUUUGCUAUCCAAAGCGUAUUAUGCAUUACCCUAUAGGCACCCAACAUCACAAGGUUCAAGCCGACAGUGUCUCCUUAUAGGAUUGCACUACUUUACUAACCAUGUGUCAUGUCUGUCGUCCACCCCCACUCUUCACCUCGCCACAGCAGACAUACAUGACUGUUAACUGGCUGGGACGGCCUGCCCUGCUCAGCAAACCACCUCUCCUUUUAUUGAAGUGCCAAAUAGUAAAUCUAAAACGCGAUGCUGCCAUGGGAAUGAAAAAAAAAGAGACGAACGAACAUGUUACCUCUUAUUUAAGUCUUGAAACACCUAAGCAUAUGUAUGUACAACACCAUAUUUGUUCUGACAUCCAAUUUAUAAAAACAAUGGUAGCAAAGAAACAUAGUUUAAACAAAUCAGACCAAAAAUCUUUCAAAGCAGACACUUGCAGUGAUAGUCUGAAAAUGCAGUGAUAGUCUGUUUUUCAUACCAACCAGUAGUGCUCUCUUCUCUGACUGCUGUGCUAAAGGCUGAAUUGCCCCCAAGGACAGAGAUAUUUGAUUGACACAACAAUAUGCCUUUCUUUUACACCAUAGUGGAACUUAUUACUUUUUUAAAACUUUGAUUCUGUCUUUGGUUUAAUUUUUUUUUUCUCAGGGUGCUGUGAGAGAAGCCUGUAUUGGAAUUGUCUAUAUUUUGUGCAUUUAUUUAAGAAACACACAUAUAAACAUGCUUACACGUGCACUGUUCAGUACUGAGUACAACAUAUCUAUGUUCUAUAUAUAAAUGUUUAUAUAUAUGAAUGUUUAUAUAUAUAUAUAUAUAUAUAUAUAUAUAUAUAUAUAUAUAUAUAUAUAUAUAUAUAUAUAUAUAUAUAUAUAUAUAUAUAUAUAUAUAUAUCCCUGUCUAUGUAUCCACUGUUAUAGCUAUGUAUUCAGAUUCAGUUUUUGUAAGCCAUUAUCAUUCUCCCUGUUUUGGGAGCGGUUGCCUUUUAGCCUGAGCCUCUUCAGCACAGGUGGCCAUUGCUUUGAUUGCUGUGGUCAUUGAAUCCCAUUCCUAAUCUAUUUCAGAUGGGCCUCACAGGGGGUUAGCUGGAGUCCGAGGCCCUUGUAGUCUGAGCUCGUUGACAAAUUGGCUUAGUUCGUGACCACAUAUACCCUCUUCUUCUGUGGGUUUAUUGUAACCAUGUAACACUCUAUAAUCUAAGAUAACAGAGCAGACAUCGUUCCAUUAACAUCAGGCCCUUAUUUCUUUUGCAACUAUAAUUCAGAGACAUGAAGCUUUUACAAGACUGUUACUCAUAUACAUAAUUGUGUUGCUCAAAUAGCAUGGCUGGUGUUUUUCUUAAAUCAGCAGCUAAUUCCCUCCCCCACCCUCCAAUAAGCCAUUUCUCCAUAUGGAAGUUAAAGAAAAAUCCUCCACCAUCAACGCCUUGCAGCUGGAACAACUCUUAACAAGAUCGUGCCUAAGAACCACAGCAGUAAAACACCCAGCCAAGCUCACCUUGAAGAAAAAAUAAUAGAAUCAUAGGGUACUGCGAUUACAAAUAUUUCCAGUCUCACUAUUAUUAUUUCAUACGUUCUCAGACAGAGAUAUAGACAGAGAUGUUUCAUAAAUGCUCCUUCAAAUGAGACAUGCUUGUCUCACACGUUAGCAGGGCAGAAUAUCUGAGUAGAUGAGUAAGUUACCCCAGGUCUGUUGUGAUACAGUAAAUGGUAUGAAAGCAAAGAGACAAGGUUAGAAUCACUCAUAUCUGUUCCUAACAGAGGUGCAGGAUAAUUUCAGCAUCCACAAUGUUCUUCAUGAAUGUAUCUAUAACAUCUGCACCAGCUGAGCUACCCCAUUCACAGAGUGAAGUAAAGCGGUGUUUCAGCACAAUUCAAGCCUUGUAUCUGUAAUAAAUAAAUAAAUAAAUAAAUAAAUAAAAAUACCCCCAUCACUGUUAUAUAACACAACUCCUUAGUGAUGGCUAUCUGUUGGAUUGUCCAAAGACAAACCCAUCACCAACAUCCAAAGCCUGGUAUAGAAGAGACCCCUAGCGGAUUUGCUCCAGCACCUUUCUGUAUGGGCAUGCAAGGCUGCACUUUUGCAAUUCCAUUAUGCUGCUGGAAAAAUAUAUCCCGAACACACUUUCUCUUGGCAUGUAAUGAUUUUCCAGUGUAUUGUGACAAUUUUAUUGACUGAUUCUUGUCUAGCUGGUUGUCCAAAGCUUACUUUUGAAUACAGUGUGGAAAGCUGUAUUUUAUGUCUGUGCGCGUGUGUGGUCAUAUUUAAAAAAAACAAAAACAAACAAACAAACAAAAAAAAAACACACAAAAAAAAACAACAACACAACCUUACAGAGAAUUACUCUACCACACAAUGUGUUGUGGACACACGAGAGCUUUCACACCUUUCUCUCCUGCCUGGUGCAGCCUGAGCCACCUAUCAGCAUAUCAGGCUAAUGAAGCUUGUGGUGAAAAGAGAACAAAUGCUGCCAGACUCAAACCAGUACUUUAAUGUUGGAGAAUUGUCUUUUCAGUUCACAUAAAAGAAACCUCUGCCCAGUUCCUCAUGUGUUUCUGCCCAGAUUCACUCCACUGUUAUCUUACAAUGCUUGAGUUAUAUUCCUAUGCACUUCAAGGCAUGUUCCACUGGUUUGUUCACAGAGAUGCUGUUUAGGCUCAGAUCAUGUUUGCUAUAGAAAUGUGCAUUUGCCUGUUAUGUGUAGGAAGAAAAGGAGUUGCGUGAAUGUUUGUAUAUGAAGAGAGCUGUGGCAAGUGAAAUUCAGACACUCUAGUCUCUAAGACAUGAGUUUUUAAUAGACAGAAGGAAACCUCAAAAGACUGCAGGCAGUACUUAAUUCUUUUGCCUUAGUGUCAUAAAUGCAUUUUUCCACUCUCCUAUCAGCUGUCUCACACUUGACCAAGUGAGGCAAAAGAAAAUGACCGACAAGCAACACAUUUGAUUGCUUGCUUUUGAUAAACGCACCACUGCGCAUGUGCAAUGUAGAAUCUUAGGGAUCAAAUAGCUGAAAUUCAAUCCCACUUAUUCACACAUGUCCACUAGCUGAGCAAUCAACAGGAUAACUGCAUUUUGAAAUCCCAUGGGUGAGGGGCUGAGAAUAACUUGAUUUUCCGCAUAGCUUCUAAUGAAACUUCACACCCAGACAAAAGCAAGCUCCAUGUGAAUAUAUCUCUUCAUAAACAUGGCCAGUUUGUUCAGCACACCAUAUAUAUAUAUAUAUAUAUAUAUAUAUAUAUAUAUAUAUAUAUAUAUAUAUAUAUAUAUAUAUAUAUAUAUAUAUAUAUAUAUAUAUAUAUUCUGAGGAUACCUGUAUAGCCCACAGCCAGCUAUGGAUUAUCAACAGUAUUACUAGGCCAUGUGGAAAACACAGUAAAAACAAGGUAUUAAAUCCUCAUCUUUCUUGUUCAAGGUGUGUGCUCAUAGAACUCACCAGGCCAAAUGUACAGUGUCUCUGUCUCUGUUUUGAUGUUAAACUGGGCAAAAAAAAAACAAUUUAAUAAAUAAAUGAAUAAAUAAAGUGUAUCAGAAAUGGUUGAAAUACUGUGUACAUAUUUGAGCAUUUGGGUUCUAAUUUAUAAAAGAUAAGCUUUAGCUCUUGGAGUACUUAUUUUAUUUUUCUUUUCAUGCGUAGCUUUGUGUUUUUAUUUUCUAUUUCUGUAAAGUGUGUAAAUAUAUCUUUAUGAUAAUAAGUAAUAUUAAAAAUAUUAUUUUAAGAAA